AUGGCAAUCAAAGACCUCGCGAACGGCCGGGGAACGGCGAGCGACGCCGGCGGCGGCGGCGGCGGCGACGUCAAGGCGCACUUCGUGUUCAUCCCGAUGAUGUUCCAGGGCCACCUGAUCCCGGCGGUGGACACGGCGCUGCUGCUGGCCACCCACGGCGCGCUCGCCAGCAUCGUCGUCACGCCGUCCAACACCGGGCGCGUCCGCCCGGCCGUCGACUUCGCCCGCAAGUCCGGGCUCCCCGUCCGGCUCGUGGAGCUCCCGCUCGAGCUCGCCGCGGAGGGGCUCCCCGACGGGGCCGACGACGUCGACAGGGUGCCGCCGGACCUCUGGGCCAACUACUUCCGCGCCCUGGCGCGCCUCCGGGCGCCGCUCGAGCGCCACCUCCGCGCGCACGCGCCGUACCCGACCUGCGUCGUGGCGGACUUCUGCCACCCGUGGGCCAGGGAGCUCGCGGCGAGCCUCGGGGUCCCGCGGCUCUGCUUCUUCAGCAUGUGCGCCUUCUGCCUCCUGUGCCAACACAACGUCGAGAGGUUCGACGCGUACGGCGGCGUCGCCGGUGACGACGAGCUCGUCGUCGUGCCCGGUUUGGAGAGAAAGGUGGAAGUGUCGAGGGCUCAAGCUCCUGGGUUCUUCCGGGGGAUGCCCGGGUUUGAGAAGUUCGCGGACGAGGUCGAGCAAGUCUUGGCCGAGGCCGAUGGCAUCGUCACCAACAGCUUCCUGGAGAUGGAGCCGGAGUACGUCGCCGGCUACGCGGAGGCUAGGAGGAUGAAGGUGUGGACCGUCGGGCCGGUGUCCCUGUUCCACCAGCGCGCCACGACGUUGGCAUCGAGAGGGAAUACCGCCGCCAUCGACGCGGACGAGUGCCUCCGGUGGCUCGACGGCAAGGAGCCCAGCUCCGUGGUGUACGUCAGCUUCGGGAGCAUCGCGCACGCGGAAGAAAAGCAGGUCGUCGAGCUCGGGCUCGGGCUGGAGGCCUCCGGCCACCCGUUCAUCUGGGUGGUGAAGAACGCCGACCAGCACGGCGAGGAUGUGGCGGAGUUCCUGCGCGAGCUCGAGGCGCGCGUCGCCGGGCGCGGGCUGCUCAUCAGGGGGUGGGCGCCGCAGGUGCUGAUCCUGUCGCACGCGGCCGUCGGCGGCUUCGUGACUCACAGCGGGUGGAACUCGACCGUGGAGGCGGUCACGGCCGGGCUGCCGGUGGUGACGUGGCCGCACUUCGCGGACCAGUUCCUGAACGCCAAGUUCGCCGUGGAGGUGCUGGGGUUCGGCGUGGACGUCGGGGUGAUGGAGCCGGUGAUGUACCGGCUGGACCAGAAGGAGAUCGUGGUGGGGAGGGAGGUGGUCGAGAAGGCGGUGAGGAGCAUCAUGGACGGAGGGGACGAGGGGGAAGAGCGGAGGAGGAGGGCGCGGGCGCUCGCGGCGAAGGCGAGGGCUGCCGUGGAGGAAGGCGGAUCGUCGCACCGGAACCUGCUGGAUUUGGUCAAGAAUUUCGAGUUCAAGGUGGGCGCGGGGUGUGACGCGAUCGCAUGA